GGGCUGUGCUUUCUUUUUAAUAAAAAAUUUCUUUUGUCGUGGCGCAACUUCAUUCAAACCGAGACCGUCGAAGGCAGCGGACGCGUCGUGGAACUCCACCAGAGACAUCCAUCUUUGAGCAAACGAACGAGCGCGAGAGAAAUGUAAAUGCAAGAAAUACCCGUACCAUAUUGAACCCCAGCUUUGUGAGUGUGUUGUUUCGGAGCUGAGAGAAAAGAAAAGUGCGAGACGUGUUUGGGAAAAUCGAAUUGAAAAUCAACGGAAAUCGCAAAAGAAAAAACGCCACAAAAUGAUGGCCAGCCUCGAUUUCAGGGUGCUGCUGGCGUUGCUGCUUCUCGGCUCAACAAAAGCCACACCCUCGACAGAAACACCAUCGGCUCUGCUGCCCCUGGAGGCACGCAAUGCUGACCUUUCGGGCGAAGAGGACAUCAUCUCCACCAGCUAUGUGCUGCCCAAUCAGAUCUUCAACGAGGGCAAGCCCUACUAUCCCCGGCACGAUCCCGUGUCGGGGCAGCUGGACUUCAGUGCCAAAAAGCAGGCCGGCAUCCAGCCCGAGAUCAACGAGGUGCUCGAUCCCAACGAGAAGAUAGUGCUGAGCGGUGCCUCCUCGCCAAACAUACACGACUUCCUCAACCUGCCGGUGAAGUACUCGUCCUCGAAGUUCGUCUACCCGCUGGUCUCCAGCUCGUAUGCCAAUCUCAAGUACCAGGGCAGCAACAAGAACUACAUCACCAACAAGAAGCCCACCUCCGUGGUGGCUCCGGUGACGCCUCCGCCGCCCAGCUACCACAGUUCCAAUUACUUCACGGUGCCGACAACGAAACUCACGGCAGUGACCCCCACUGCAGGAGCCUACUAUCCGCAUCCCAGUAGCAGCAGCAGCAGCAGCAGCAGCACGAGCACCACAACCAAGGCAACCACCACGGCAGCGACCACUACCCAAGGAACAUUGCCGCCAUCCAGGAGACCCAUCCCCGUGACGACAACAACAACAACGACGACAACAACAACUGUUCCGGCGGUCAAGUACACCACCACGUCCCGUCGGCCCAUUCCGCUGCAUGCUGCACCGACAACCACUCAGCCGCCACGCACCAGCACCACCCGCAAGAAGUUUGUGCCCACCAAGAAGUACAGUCCCACAUUGCCCAGCAGCAGCAGCAGGACACCGAUCGAACUGGAGGAGCGACGCCCAAGCACCACCCAACAGCCGCGUCCCACUCCCAGCAGCAGCGAUGUGGCAUUCACCACCCACCAUGCCACACCCCAGGCAGCCAUCUUUCCCACAGAGCCCAUGACGACGGCGAAAAUUUACACCACUUCCAGCACAAGUCCACCCGUUGUCUUCACGGAGGGUCCCACGCCACCGCCGCCCUUCAGCCCCAUACCAGGCACAGGCAUACCGAAUCUCGAUCCCGCGGAUGUGUACCACACUUUGGGCCAGAAGAACACGCAGGCGGAGGAACAGCAGCAGCAGAAGGAGCAGCAGUUGCAGAAGGAGCAAGAGCAGCAAUAUCAACAGCAACAGCAGAAGUUCCAGCAACAGGAACAGCAGCAAUAUAUGCAACAGCAACAUAUGCAACAACAACAUAUGCAGCAGCAACAUCUGCAGCAGCAACAGCAGCAACAACAGAAGCAGCAGCAACAGCAGCAGCAGCAGCAGAAGCAGCAACAACAGAAGCAGCAGCAACAGCAGCAGGUGCAGCAGCAACAAAAGCAGCAACAACAGCAGCAGCAGGUACAGCAGCAACAGCAGCAACAUCAGCAGCAACAGCAACAGCAGCAGCAGCAACAACAGCACCAACAGCAACAGCAGCAACAACAGCAGCAGCAGCAACAUCAGCAACAGCAACAGCAACAACAGCAGCUGCAGCCCCCACCAAGACCCCCAAUGACGCUCAGUGACAUAUUCAACAGCCUAGCGGAAGAAGAGUCUGCAGUGGCGCACAACUACCAACAGAACCAAGGAUUUGAUUCCCAGGGCAAUCUAAUAGAACCGAUUGCCCCCUCAAAGCCAUCGCCAUUCGCCAUGCAACAGGCAGUUGGACAGCCACAACCCCAGCCCCAGCCCGGAGCACCCCAAAGGCCCAGCACAGCAGGAGCGGGGCCCACUCCCGGACAGAGUCCAUACCCCAACGAUCAGAAGGUGAUCUCGGGCAGCCAGGAGAACUAUAGCAACGAAUAUGUGUCCUAUCAGGUGCAGCAGCCGAAUGUGAUGCAAUACCGACCGGUGCCCGGCCAGAUCAACAACGUGGUCAUCUCGCCCGGACAGCACUCGGCCUCCUUUGUGCUCGGCAGCCAGGUGCAGCAGGUGAGCGUGGGCCAUCCCAGCGUCGAGAAGGAGCCACUCUUUGCCAAGGACACGCCGGGCGUCCAGUACGGCCAGGUGAUUAACGAGGACAUUGGCAACAUUAAGCGACCUGUGCCUGUGCCGUACAAGCCGGCAGCUCCCCAGGAGCACCCAAUGCCCACGAGCUAUCAGCAGAUGCCGAUCGUCCAGCAGAACUCCAACUUCCACCAGAACGGAAACAUGGCCACAGCUGGAACCACUGUGCCAGCCGGUUCCUACCAAGAGCCGCCGCCAGAGGCGCCCAGCCCAUACCAGCAGCUGCCGCUGAUUGGCUCCAAUAUCAGGCCAGCGAAUAAGCCAGUGGCCCCGAAGCCAGAGCAGCCAGCUCCGUCUUACCAGCCCACUAAGGCGUCGACACCACACCAGACGCCACCCACGCGGCCGGCGGUGCAUGGGGAUGACACCCAGGAUCUCCUCGUCUCCAGCAACAUUCGCUUCCCAGUGCUGGCCGAGGAGACCUCCGUGGAGCUGGCAUCUUCGGCUGUUGGGCCCGGUCCGCCUGCCGGACCCCACAUCAAUGGCCAUGCACAGCCGCUGAGCCUGCAGCAGAUACACAACUCCAAUCCCGUCGUCUUUCCCAAGGUCAAAGACGAGGAGACGCCCGGCGCCAAUGUGCAGAUCCAGCAGCACGAAGUGGUCAACCUCAACCAGCAGCAACAGCAAUUGAAAUUCCCUGCCCAGCAGCCGGGACAUGGCGAGCAGCCCUCUCGGGAAAUGGAGCCGCCGCCGCGCUACCCCACCACUUCGUCCGGGCCACAGGUUCCGUCCACGCCAGGCAAUCGUCCUCCCUUCUACAAUGAGUUCAACCGCAAGCCCCAGGGUGGCCCACGGCCCAGCAACUUGCCCAACAUUCUGCCCCAGUUCCGGCCCAAUGCGAAGAUCUCCAGCGGCCAUCCGCCAACACUGAAGCAGGACCCGGGCAACAUCCGCCUGCCCACGCAGGGCAUGAAGCGACCCUACAAUCCCUCAGCGCCGCCCCAUUUCGCCCACCGCCGACAGCCGCUGCAGCAGCAGAUGCUGCAAAAGCGCUACCCCAUGAACCGCAUCUCCGAGUAUCCAGUGGGGCCGCAAGGUGUCGGCGGCGAUAUAAACAGACGGGUCUACCGCCUGCCGCCCUACGGAGGUCAGAACAUGCCCUACCGACCGGAUCACAUGUACGCGCGUCGUCCCAAUGGGCCCAGUCCUGCCAAUGGACCCCUGCGAUCCGUGGAUGGCUAUCCGGCAGAGCGACAUGCCCCAUCGGCCGGCUCUGAGGCGUACCAGACCAUCAACGCCGAGGGAGCCGCAGACUUUGAGGAGGAGGAUUUGGUUAUCAACGAUCCGCCGCAGCCGGUGACGCCCAGCAAGGAUCGCAUGGGCGUGGAGGAGACCAAACUGGAGCCCGUGGUUACUCUGCAAAUGCUGCAGUCCCAGAAGAAGGCGGUGAGCCUGCCCGGAGAUGAUACUGGAGCAGGGGAGAUACAAGUUACGGCCGACAAUGAUCCCCAGGAGGCGGAGGCCUCAAGCCUUAGCCAGCAGAAGCUGGACCCCAGCGGAAUGUACGUGGUGUUCCCCCUGAAAGGAUCAGAGAAGCAACAGAUCGAGGGAGAGCCACCUUCGGCUCCAGCGGAGUACCAGAACACGCCAUUCUCGGUGAUUCGUGACCAGCCCCAGGAGCCGAUACUGAAGAACAAGAAGCCGCAGUCGCUGCAGCAGCAGAACAAGGCCCAGCAGAUGCCCAAGGAGAAGUUCCCAUAUCCAAUCGAGAAGCCCGAUCCAUCGUACUCCGAGCUCAACCCGAAUCCCGAGUCUCAGGGCCAUGUGCCGGGCGUGCUCAUUGCGCCCCGCAUCAUCCACGGAGCCUUUGGUACCGGCACCGAAACCCCCAUCGCCAUUGCAUACACGCCCACAGAGCCCAGCGUCUUCCGACGGACGUCGGCAGCCGGGGACCAGGAUCCGAAGUUCUCCAACAUCAAUCUGGCCACGCCCGUGAUCAGCGAGAUCCGGCAGGACACCCAGACGGAGGAGGGACUAAGCAGCGACUUUGAUCUGCGCGGCCAGAACUACGAGAAGAACUUCAUGGCGCCCUUCUAUCCCAGCGUAAGUCUGGGCGGAGGGGGAGCGGGAGCCAGCGGUGCUGCGGCUGUCAACUGGAACAUUGUGCCCUCAACCACGGACCAGGCGAUCUACGAGAAGAACAGCAUCAACCGGGCCGAUGUGGAGCCGGCUGAGGAGACGAAGGAAAAGGAGUCGGCCACAGCCAGCGCCCUGACAGCGGAGAAGAAUCCCGAGCUGGACAGCUUCCAGCCGCAGCUGCAGGGCGGAUUCAAGCCGAUCUAUCCGCCAGGCUACCAGCACGUGGAGCAGCUGAUCGACCAUGAAGACGCCAAGAACAGAGACCAAGACCAGCCCCUGGCACUGCCUCUGGUGGCGGUCACCACGAGCACAGCAAAACCGGCGACGGCAGCUGCCACCAGCAGCAGUUCGUCCUCCACAACCACCACGACGUCCACCACCAAUCAGCCCGGAACAACGAAAGCUUCUGCCACAGCAACAACCACAACGACUACCCAAGCGCCAGCUGGAAGCGUAAAGCCGACGCAGCGCAAGAAGUCCACUUUCGAGACUAGCCUGGCGGCCCUGCUCUUCGGAGACGAGGACGAGGAGGAUGGCGCACGCAAGUCCGCGGAGCUGCCAAAGGCCCAGGCCGGACCACGGAAUGUGCCCCGCAUGGGACCCCGAAGUCUGACGCUCAGCUAAGUCCCCAAGGAGCUCCGAGGAGUUAGUUUAGUCCAAUUUUAGUUUGUAUUAUUUAUUCAAAGUUCUUGAAAGCAGGGAAUCUGCGUAGAAGUAGACGAUGUGGUAAUCUAGUUCUUGUUCUACAGCUUAUUGUUAGUCGUAAGUCCAUAUAUAACUAGUACAUGCUUCCAGCCACCAACGAACCAUACAGUCCCGUUUACCUAACGACCUUACGACCUUUUGCGAGUCUGAUUUGAAUGUACGCACGCGGAACACUUUCUCAUUGGACUCCCGAAUCGUCGGAAAUGAGAUAAAAGCUUUUCGCAUUAUUCCACUUAACACAAUCCCUAAGUAGUACUCACAAUUUGCAAGAUUAUUAUUUGUACCAUAGAAAUGAAAUGAAAAAUAAACGAAAUUCUGAUAUGAUAA